CCGAACUCGGCUGGGGAGAAGGCAGUGGGGCGGAGGCCGGCGGCGCCGCCGCUCUUGGUGGAGGCGGCAGGGCGCGCCCCGCUCGGCGGCCAGGCGGAACCGAAGAUGCCGGCGUCUGCCGCGCGGCCCCGCCCGGGCCCCGGGCCGCCUUCGGCCUCGCCCUUCCCGCUGCUCCUGCUGGCGGUGCUGAGCGGCCCGGUGUGCGGCCGCGUCCCCCGCUCGGUGCCCAGGACCUCGCUUCCCAUCUCCGAGGCUGACUCCUAUCUCACCCGAUUCACCGUCCCUCAGACAUACAAUUACUCUGUUCUCCUCGUGGAUCCUGCUUCCCACAUGCUUUAUGUCGGCGCCCGGGACACCAUCUUCGCUUUAUCCCUGCCCUUCUCAGGGGAGAGACCCCGCAGGAUUGACUGGAUGGUGCCUGAGGCCCACAGACAAAACUGUAGGAAGAAAGGCAAGAAGGAGGAUGAAUGUCACAAUUUUAUCCAGAUUCUCGCCAUUGCCAAUGCCUCUCACCUCCUCACUUGUGGCACCUUCGCUUUUGAUCCGAAGUGCGGGGUUAUUGAUGUGUCCAGUUUCCAGCAGGUUGAAAGACUUGAGAGUGGCCGGGGGAAAUGUCCUUUUGAGCCAGCUCAGCGGUCAGCAGCUGUAAUGGCUGGGGGGGUCCUCUAUGCUGCCACUGUGAAAAACUACCUGGGGACGGAGCCGAUUAUCUCCCGGGCUGUGGGUCGAGCUGAGGACUGGAUUCGGACAGAGACCUUGCCAUCCUGGCUUAACGCCCCAGCCUUUGUCGCAGCGGUGGCCUUGAGCCCAGCCGAGUGGGGAGAUGAAGACGGAGAUGAUGAAAUCUACUUCUUCUUUACGGAGACUUCCCGAGCAUUUGACUCAUACGAGCGCAUUAAGGUCCCGCGGGUGGCCCGCGUGUGUGCGGGGGACCUUGGGGGCCGGAAGACCCUUCAGCAGAGGUGGACCACGUUUCUGAAGGCUGACCUGCUAUGUCCAGGGCCUGAGCAUGGCCGGGCCUCCAGUGUCCUGCAAGACAUGGCCAUUCUUCGACCUGAGCAUGGAUUGAGGACCCCCAUCUUUUACGGCAUCUUUUCCUCUCAGUGGGAGGGGGCUGCUAUCUCUGCUAUCUGUGCCUUCCGACCACAAGACAUUCGGUCAGUGCUGAAUGGGCCCUUCAGAGAGCUGAAACAUGACUGCAACAGGGGACUGCCUGUCAUGGACAAUGAUGUACCCCAGCCCAGGCCCGGAGAGUGCAUCACCAACAACAUGAAGCUCCAGCAGUUUGGCUCCUCUCUCUCUCUGCCUGACCGAGUGCUCACCUUCAUCCGGGACCACCCACUCAUGGACAGGCCAGUGUUUCCAGCUGAUGGCCACCCCCUGCUGGUCACUACAGAUACAGGCUAUCUCAGAGUUGUGGCCCACAGGGUGACCAGCCUCUCAGGGAAAGAGUAUGAUGUGCUUUAUCUGGGGACAGAGGAUGGACACCUCCACCGAGCAGUGCGGAUUGGAGCCCAGCUCAGCGUCCUUGAGGAUCUGGCUUUAUUCCCAGAGCCACAGCCAGUUGAGAAUAUGAAAUUGUAUCAAAGCUGGCUCCUGGUUGGCUCCCGUACCGAGGUGACACAAGUGAAUACAACCAACUGUGGCCGUCUCCAGAGCUGCUCAGAGUGCAUCCUGGCCCAAGACCCUGUCUGUGCCUGGAGCUUCCGGCUAGAUGCGUGUGUGGCCCAUGCUGGGGCGCAUGGAGGGCUGGUCCAAGACAUAGAGUCAGCAGAUGUCUCUUCUUUGUGUCCCAAAGAGCCUGGAGAACACCCAGUAGUGUUUGAAGUUCCUGUGGCUACAGCUGCGCAUGUGGUCUUGCCAUGUUCUCCAAGCUCAGCAUGGGCGUCCUGUGUGUGGCACCAGCCCAGUGGAGUGACUGCACUCACCCCCCGGCGGGAUGGGCUAGAGGUGGUGGUAACUCCAGGGGCCAUGGGCGCAUAUGCCUGUGAAUGUCAGGAGGGUGGGGCAGCCCGUGUGGUAGCUGCUUACAGCUUGGUAUGGGGCAGCCAACGGGGCCUCCCAGGCCGAGCCCACACAGUGUGGGCUGGACUGGCCGGCUUCUUCCUGGGGGUUCUUGCAGCAUCCCUGACUCUCCUCCUGAUUGGUCGGCGUCAGCAGCGACGGCGACAGAGGGAACUUCUGGCUAGAGACAAGGUGGGCUUGGACCUGGGGGCCCCACCAUCUGGGACCACAAGCUACAGCCAGGAUCCUCCCUCCCCCUCUCCUGAAGAUGAGCGGCUGCCCCUGGCCCUGGCCAAGAGGGGCAGUGGCUUUGGUGGCUUUCCUCCACCCUUCCUGCUUGAUCCUUGCCCGAGCCCAGCCCACAUUCGGCUAACUGGGGCUCCUCUGGCCACGUGUGAUGAAACAUCCAUCUAGGGCUGGGCAAGUGACCACUAGUGCAUGGUGACCACUAGAAUGCAAUGACCAUUGAGAAACUGGGGAUCACUGGGCCUAGACGCCUGUCCUGGCCCCUGAGUUCUCUUUGGCCUUUGAGUGAUCAAUGUCUGCCCUCUCUGGGCCUGGGUGGGCUCGGGGCCAGGCCUUUACCUGAUUCCUGAUUCUCAUGAGAGAUCAGAACUGCUCUCUGCAGUGAAUCGAGACUUUUCCCACCCCUCCCCUCCGAAUCCCUGUGACCGCUUUAGCCCUGGCCCACUAUCUUGGGCUCAUUAGUUUGGGGACGGGGCACAGAACAUGGCUAUGAAUUUGCUUUCUGGUUGAACGCUGGCCAGAAGGAAGAGCCAUAGAGGUGGUUGGGGACCAGUGUGCUCUGAGUCCUGGGGUGGUUUUGCAGAUUCUCCCAGUUUAUUUGAUUCUCUGUGGGGAGUGCAUGAUCCCUGUGUUGCAGCGUGGAAUCUCUGCCCUGAGACCUCCCAUCCCAGUUUUCCUUCUUCCAUGAAAGAGCGUGUGUAAAUACAUGGGUGUUCAUAGGAGACCUGGCCUCAUGUCCUUGAAUGACUGGGCCAGUGCUCAGGUGUGUUCAUGGGGGGUAGGGAGGGAAAAGGUUGGGAUGGUGGGCAUUGCCUGCAGAACUUUAGACCCAGUAGCCAGUGGAGGAAUGGCUUUCCUUUCUAAAGGAAACAAACCACUGCCCCCACCCCCCCCCCCCCCCCCCCCCAACCCUUCUCUUGAGUAGAGAAAAACUCCCAAAGUGACCUUCUGGGUGGAAGGGCAGUGAUACAUGUGACCCCAUCAUUCUGUUUGUUUCUGCCUCCUGGCUACCACCACUGCCAUGCACAGCUGCUCUUUCUCUGGCUGGCGUGUAGGCUGGACCCCGUUUCCUUAGCUCCCAUUCAAAAUAAACUUCAUGACAUUCUCAAUGUUAGAGGAUGACAAAAGGGGAACAGUUACAGGACAUAUCAGCUGCAUAAAGAUAGGUUUGUAUCAGUGACUUUACUCAGGGUGACACCCUUGACCUAAAGCAGGAGUUCCCCACUUGGGGUCCACGGACUCCCUGAAAUUGUAUGCAAAAUGUUGUCUGUACAUGUAUGUCUGUAUUUUUCUGGGGGAAGGUUUUAUGGCCUCCAUCAGAUUCUCAAGGCCUUAACAAAGGUACAGGACCACUGCCCCAAGGUCACCAUGUGUUGGCCAAGCUGAGAUGGUGCCACUCAUCGGCAACUCUUCCUGCCCAGCCACACCUGCCCCAUGGCCAGCCCCUGGACUUGCAGCCGCUGGGGCCCUCUUGUUUCUCCAGUCCCUGGAAGCUGGCCUCCGUGCAUAUUUGAAGACACUGUCAGCUCUCACCAAACUUUAAGACCUCUUCCUGCUUCACAACUCUCAGCUGCUUUAGACUUCUCCUGCUCAGUUCCAGUCUUGGCCUGUGAAUGUGCCUCAUUCAUCCCUGGCGAGGGAUCCCCUUGAGCUCCAGUGAGUGAUCCAGCCCUUCCCAGUUGAAGUUUUCACUUCUACUUUCCUCGGCAGCAGCCUGUGAACUACUCAAAAGAGUCCCUUUGGGUUUGGAAUUAUCAGUGGCUUUGUCACUAAUAAGUGUGUGAUCUUCAGCAAGUAAUCUAACCCAGGAACAUUUGUUUACUCAUCUGUAAAGUGGGGAUAAUAAUACCUACCUCAGGGUUGCUGCGAGGAUUAACUGAGAGAACACAUAAACAAUAAAGCACUAUCUAUACCAGUA